GUUCGGUCAUGGGUGCUACUGGUAGCCUCCACGUAGUCGUCACGACUGCUCUGCUUCUCCUACCUGGCGGUGACGGUUUCUUCUCAGUCGUUCCGCGAUGCGCCACCAGCAGCCGGGCCGGUGUUGCACUGUAUUCAUCUGCCACGUCGGAUGAUGUCCGUUCUGCCGAGGCCGCCAAGAGUAACCUCAGGAGUGCGUUGGCGGAGAGCGGAGGGUCUACUCUUGCCGAGGGUGUCGGGGCUGCGGUAGAGGUGCUGGCCAAUUUCAACCCCACAUCCUCCCCUGCUAAGGCAUGGCCACUGCACAGCGGAGAGUGGGCUUCCGUAGGGGAGGACUUCAAGGGCACGACUCGCACCAAAGACGGAGUGGAGUGCACCCUAGGGCGGCUUGUGUUCAACAUCUUUGAGCCCGUGAACCUCCCCGUCCUGAUAGUGGCCAUCAAGAAUACCAUUGGGGACCGCCCCGAAAACGCUGACCCGGCGUACGAAUCCAAUUACGUGAUCUCGACUCGCUGGGUGGCCCGCGACGGGAGCGGGCUCAGGGGACGCGUGGAGAUCUCAGGGACCUGCUGGGAAGACCCUUCCAUGCCGGAACGCGUCUUGGUGCGGUUCACGAAGGGCUCCAUUGAACCAGACGAGGGGCAAGACCUCGACGCCUGGCGUAAGGUCAUCGGCGUGCGGGAUGUCGAGGGCACCAAAGACAAAGGGCCGCUGUCCACCCUGAAGGAGAAAGCCGCAAGGUUGAUGCUCAAGGUGGUGUUCGGUUUUCAGGGGCCCGCGGACGGCCUGGGCCCUCGUGGGGAACUGUCCUACGAGAUGAAGCGCAGUCCAAAAGGCUAUUUAGACAUCAUUUACCUCGACGAGGAGAUGAGGGUGACGCGCGGUCAGCAGGGCGCCCUGGUGGUGGUCGAUCGUGUUUGAUUUUAUUUAGUCGACGUGCUGCGGGUGCGGGCUUGUGCUAAGUUUUUUUUUUCCAUGUACUGUAGACAAGAUCCACAAUCCACAACCUUCACAACGGCGCUACUUUCCGUAUUUUUGUUGCUCUUUAUUUUUGACAAGUCUUCCACAGCUGAGCGAUAUUUGUUGUUGUAUGCAUACAUAUGUCGUUUCAUUGCGCGCUGAACAGAAGCGAUGGAAUCUAUUCGUUUAUCUCCUUCCCAACAGUUCGCCGCCUGAAUGUCUUGGGCCCCUUGUCGCUACCAUUUGUUCGCUUUCGGUUUGUUCCAUUGUAACGUUUGUUCGUUUGCGCUGAUUGUUGUGCGGACAAUUUUCUGUUCUCUCUUCAUUGCCAGUGCAUUCUGUGUAUUUUCUUCGUAUGUGUAGUGCCCUUUUGGGUUUGUUGGCAU